UUAAAUGUAAACGAUCGUGUCUCUAUGGUGUAAAGGAAAAUGCAUUACAGCGAAGCUUUUUUGCGGCGUUGUGUUUUUAGAAGUGUUAAACGCGUGUUAUUGUAAUAAAUUAUUGGUGUUGUAUGCAGCAUGUUCUAAUAUUACAUGACGAUUUUGCAUUCAGUGUAUUUAGCUCAUAGAAUUAUACACGUAUGUACAAAGAUAAUUGUGUAAAAGCAAGAAAAAAGGCUAGAAGCGCAAGUGAGGAACUUUUGUAAAGGAAAUGAUGUUUAUCCAUACUGCCUAAGUAACAUUCAUAACUAAAAAGGAGAUAGCUUAAAGUUCAUCAUUUUAAUUUAAAUAUAAAUUUCCAACAUGGGUGAUGUUGGAGAUAUCGAUCUUUAUGCGGAUGAUAUUGAUCCAGAUUUUGCCGAAGAUGAAUUCGGCAAUGAAAAUGUUGACUUAUAUGAUGAUGUAGUGGCUGCACCUACAGGUCCUCAUGACAUUCCACCAACAGAAGGAGCUGCAACAGCAGUGCAAAGUGGAAUACAUCAUGCACCUGAAGACACUAAUGGAACUGCAACACACCAUACUGGAAACAAUAUAGGUAUAAGCCAUGGUCGAAAACACCAAUUAUAUAUUGGAAAUCUCACGUGGUGGACAACUGAUCAAGAUAUAGCAGCAGCCGUUCAAGAAAUCGGAGUAAAAGAUUUUGCAGAUGUCAAAUUCUUUGAAAAUCGAGCCAAUGGUUUAUCUAAAGGCUUCUGCAUGAUCAGUCUUGGCUCAGAACCUUCAAUGCGACUGUGUAUGGACAGGUUGCCAAAAAAAGAACUUCAUGGGCAAAAUCCAGUAGUUACUUUACCUACCAAGCAAGCUCUAAAUCAAUUUGAAAGCCAGUCAAAAAGCAGGCCGACACCUUCUUCAAAUGCUGGACCUAAAGGUCCUCAUCCAGGGGCUUCACCACAACAACAUAUGCAGUCUGGACCUAUGGGACCUCAGCAUAUGAUGCACCAACAGAGGCCCAUGGGACCACCUGGAAUGGGACCUCAGGGACCUCCAAUGAGAAUGCAAGGGCCACCAAUGCAUAGGCCACCACAGCAAGGUCCGCCAGUGCAGUUCCAACAACAGCAGGGCCAGUGGAAUCCGCAAUUACGGCCAAAUGGUGGUGGUAAUGGACCUCCUCGGCAACCAAUGAUGCAGCGGCCACCUCAGGGACCUCCUCAACAGAUGAGACCUAUGUUCCAAGGCGGUCCACCAGGUUCUCAGGGUCCUCCACGUAUGCCCGGUCAAAUGGACAUGCGGGGGCCACGACCUGAAUGGCAGAGACCUCCUCAUAUGGGUGUGCCUCCAGGUCAUCCUGGACAAUUUGGUCAACCACCACAGCCUGGUCCUCAUAUGCCACCAAAUGGACCACCACAAGGGCCUCCACAAGGUCCGCCUCAAAUGCAAGGUGGUCCAGCCCCACAUGUAAAUCCUGCAUUCUUCAACCAACCUAGACCAGCAGGUCCGCCUCAUGUCCCUGUUCAGCAUGGCCCGCCUAUUGGUCCACCUCAUGGUCCUCAACAUGGUGGUCCUCCACAGCACCCUGGUGCUCCUCCGCAUGUUCAACAACAACAUUUUCCACAAGCUGGUGGUGGAAUGCCACCUCGUGCUCCAUGGCCUGGCAAACCAGCACAAGCUCCUUACCCUGGUCCUGUCGUAGAAUCUAGUCCUCCUGUCAGUGAAAAAGAGUUUGAAGAGAUCAUGGGCAGAAACCGUACUGUUAGUAGUUCCGCCAUUGCACGUGCUGUGUCUGAUGCAGCUGCUGGAGAAUAUGCCAGUGCAAUAGAAACCCUAGUAACAGCUAUUUCAUUAAUUAAACAGUCAAAGGUAUCUAAUGAUGAUCGAUGCAAAAUCUUGAUCAGCUCCUUGCAAGAUACAUUGCAUGGGGUAGAGACUAAGAGUUACGGUUCUUCAAGAAGGGAACGAUCCAGAUCUCGUGAAAGGUCUCACAGAAGGCCAAGGCGUGAACGUUCGCCGUCCAGGUAUAGAGAACGCGAUAGAGAUCGCGAUCGUGAGAGGAGCGAGAGAGAGCGAGAUCGCUAUUACAGUGAGAGUUAUAGAGACAGAUCUAGAAGUAGGGACAGGGAACGCCAUGAUCAUUAUCGAGAAUCAAGGGAAGGAAGUUCAAGUCGUUCAGGGCGUGCUAUGGCUAACAAAUCACCAGGUGACGUAGUGGAUGUCGGUCCCGUGUCAGAGCCUCCGAAAAGGGGUGGAGGUUAUUAUGACGACCGUUACCGCGAACGAGAACGCGAUGGUCGCAGAGAUAUUGAACGUGAUAGAGAACGCGACCGACGUGGUGAAGAUCAUAGAUCAAGGCAUUAACUUUAAUAUAUUACAUAAUUAUACUCCACGAAACAUUCUUUAUGUAAAAUUGAUCUAGCAUUCUGGGAAACUUAUUUCAGAUAACAUAUGUAGUUUGUAAUAAAAGUAAUUUACAUUGGUUAAGAAAUAAAGUGAUUCCAAGAUCAAUA